AUGAAUCUAGUCUCUUUCAAUGUUAGAGGCUGUUGUAGCUCUUUAAAGAGAAGGAGAAUAUCUCAAAUUAUUCAGAGAGGAAGUGCCGACAUUUUCCUUAUUCAGGAAACCAAGAUUAACAAGAUGGAGGCUGGUAUUGUAAAUAGCAUGUGGAGGAAUUAUGACAUGGAUUGGUCAGCUCAAAACUCCAUUGGAAACUCUGGUGGUAUUUUAACCAUGUGGAAUACUACUAGAAUCACAGCUUAUUCUAGUUUUUGUGGGAAAGGUUUCUUAGGUUUGCACAUUUUUUGGAAUAAUCAUAGGUUGAUUGUGAUCAAUGUUUACGCCCCCUGUGGAUCAGCUGAUAAGAGCAAGCUGUGGAGAGAACUGAUUAAAAUUAAAAGCAAUUACUCUAAUGUUGGUUGGAUUGUGAGGGGAGAUUUCAAUGCGGUGGUAACAACUAGAGGGAUAUGA